AUGGAUAAAAUCGACAACCUCCGCAGGGAGAUAGCAAAGCGAGAAGUCGAACUCGCAGACUUGCGCUCACAACUCGCCGUUGCAGAGUCCGAAGCCCGGGAAGGCAAAGAAGCUUGGAAAUGGCCUCUUGACAACCACGAGUAUGAGAGGUAUAGCAGACAAAUGAUUGUUCCCAACUUUGGACUGCAGGGCCAGCUACGUCUAAGGAAGGCAAAGGUGCUGCUCGUUGGCGCCGGAGGCUUGGGAUGUCCCGCCGCUGCGUAUUUAGCUGGCUCGGGCAUUGGAACGAUAGGCCUUGUUGAUGGUGAUGAAGUUGAAGUCUCGAAUUUGCAUCGCCAAGUUGCGCAUUCGACGGGAAGGGUGGGCAUGAGUAAGGUGCAGAGUGCAGUUACAUAUCUGAAAGACCUUAACCCGACGAUAACUUACCAUGCUCACAACACUCAUCUCACACCCCAAAAUGCGCAGGAUAUUGUAUCUGGCUAUGACCUCGUCCUCGACUGUACUGAUCAUCCUACCUCUCGUUAUCUCAUCUCUGACAUCUGCGUUCUUCUCGAAAAACCGCUUGUUUCAGCAUCUGCAUUUCAAACCUCCGGCCAACUCAUCGUUCUCAACAACCCGCCUGGCAAAGGACCUUGUUACCGCUGUGUAUUCCCCACUCCACCACCCCCUGACAGCGUGGUGGGAUGUGGUGAAGGCGGUAUCAUUGGACCUAUUGUCGGCACGAUGGGUGUGUUGCAGGCACUCGAGGCGAUCAAGUUGAUCACGAGAGGUGAUCUGGAGAUUCACGGGGAGGCUAAAACGCCUAUGCUGUUGCUUUUCACUGGAACGGCAGAUGCCCCUUUCCGAUCUGUGAGAAUGAGAGGAAGAAGAAAGACCUGUUUGGCGUGUGGUGAUGAGAAUGGUUUGACGUUGGAGGAGCUGCGGACGUCAAUGGACUAUGUUCAGUUUUGUGGUGUCAGGCAGCCUGUUCAAUUGCUGAAGCCCAAUGAGCGAGUAACGGCAAAGGAAUACGAGGCGUUGUCCAAGUCGGAGGAUAAGAAGACACUGUUGGUCGAUGUUCGUGAAAGAGAGCACUUCGAUCUCUGCAAUAUUUCAGGCUCGGUCAACAUCCCUAUCAGUCGCUUCAUGAGCGCUCGUGGAGAAGCCACACCCGAAGGUUGGCCAAGCGACUUGUCGCCGUCUACGCCUAUAUACUUCGUUUGCCGAGUCGGAAACGAUUCACAAAUUGCUGCUCAGAAAGUCAAAGACUUGGGGCUUGGAAACAACGGAGAGCGUUUUAUUGGCGAUAUCUCAGGCGGAAUCAAGUCAUGGAAGGAUACUGUCGAUCCGACAGUGCCUUUCAUAUAG